GGGGAUCGAUCAUACAGGGGAGGGCUGCAGGAGGAUAAAAUACAACCGUUUCCGACCACAUCUUUCACCGAAAACCCGCGUCGGGCCGAGAGGGGGUGGGCCGCUUCGGGCGGAUCUCAUAGCACUCCAAGACUGCAAAGAUCAUAGAGGCAACGCAGAUGCAUGCAGAACCGAUUGUUUUUGACAGUGAGCUCGAGCGAGCUGCUACUGGCCAGUCAACCUGCUUGGCAUGCCACCAUCGAUGCACGAAGACGGGCCUGCAGGAUCAGCAGCUCCUUGGUCAGCGAUCAGGGCGAACGGGAGCGUUCUGGAAGCGCGCGCUGGAGUCUGAGUGUAGCUCCCUGCGGUCUUGAGGGCGAAUCGAUCCGCCAAAUGUGCAAAAUUGUUUUUCUUUUCCUUCCGUUCCCUGUCUCUCACCCAGCGCCUCGAGUAGCACAUGUACGCUGUUUAUGUGCCGCAAUGCGAAAGUUGAAGUGGCGGGACGUCACACCCAAGACAUUUCUGGCCUCUUCUUCAGGCCGCCUACCCACAGCUGAAGCCAAACAGUGACUCUUCGGGACACAUCCUCUAGGGACACCCCCUCUUGCUGCAGGAUAUGCUGCAGCCUCCAUCAAAGACCUGUUUUGAUUCGCCCGGACGCCCAUCAAGCGAAGGGUUCCACAGUCAAGACUUUAAACAUCUCCAGACCGGCAAGCCUGCUGGUGUGCCUAGAACUUAAAGAAUUAC